UCAUGCUGCUGCCAGGCCCGUAUGUGUCAUGGGUCCCUGUACGGCACUCCCAUUGCUGCUGUCUCCAUCGCCACACUCUGCCAUGUGCCACUUUCAGGUCUCCUCACACUGCUGGUGGGUUCCAUUUUGUCAUAGGGUGCUGGCAGAUUACGGGCCUCCCAUUGCUGCUGCAGGCCCGUAAUCUGCCAGGGCCCCUGUACCGCCUCCUUAUGCUGCUGCCAGGCCCGUAGUGUGUCAUGGGUCCCUGUACGGCCUCCGAUUGCUGCUGUCUCCAUCGCCACACUAUGCCAUGUGCCACUUUCAGGUCUCCUCACACUGCUGGUGGGUUCCAUUUUGUCA